AUGCGUUCAUCAUUUGUAUUUAUUGCCUGUCUAACAGCAUGCUCGUUUGCGGCCCCGGCAUUCUUCGACAAUGCAUACAACUUCUCCAACGACCUAUCGGAGUUCCUGGGGAGAGUGAGCAAGCAUAUCGAGCACUCCAAGGAUAUACUCAACUCGGCCACGUGCGAUACAUCUAGCAUUGCACUGCCGGCACAGGCGUCCGGGUUACCCUCUCCCUCAGGCCAGAAGCUUCUAUACGUCGCACUGGGGCGCGGUACACAGAACUAUACCUGUGCGACACCAUCUUCAAACUCGACGCCUGUAGCUGUCGGCGCUGUUGCAAACCUCUACAACGCCACUUGUAUCGCAGGAAGCUUCUCGGACAUGAUUACCAUGCUGCCGAACAUUGCAUACCGGAUACCCUUGCCAAACAGCGACUCAGAUCGCCUGCCUCCGGCAAACCUGGAUCUGAUGGGCCACCACUUCUUUGACGGCUCAACGCCCGUGUUUAACCUUGAUACCACGGCAACACACCAGUAUGGUAUUGCAAGAACAAAGAAAGAGGCACAGGUUGAUGCGCCGUCGAAUGCUAUUCAAGGGAACAAUGGGGCCGUUGCAUGGCUUUAUCUAUCAGCCACGAGUGGCACGGUAGGGGACUAUUCCGGCGUAUACCGGGUGGACACUGCGGCGGGAUCGCCACCAAAGACAUGCAAGGACAUGCCAUCGGAGUUCACUGUUCAAUAUGCUGCAAAUUACUAUUUUUACGGGAAAUGA